AUGGACUUCUCCAAAUUUGGCAAGAAUCUCUCCGACUUUGGUGCGCAGAUCACGCCCUUCGCGUCGCGCACCUUCCAGUAUACCAAGGAGCAAUUUGGCCAGUCUGAGGACAAGACUCAGCUGCCCGCCGACUACAUUGACCUCGAGAAGAAGGUUGAUGCCCUCAAGCAGGCUCACCAGAAGAUGCUCAAUGUCACCCAGCAAUACUCUAACGAAGCAUACGACUACCCGCCGAACGUGAAGGAGACAUUCCAGGACCUCGGCCGUACCGUCAGCGAAAAGGUCUCUCUGCUCUCCUCUGCCACCAGCACCGCCGAAGCCCAGGCCGCUCUCGUGGCCCCUCCGACCGCCAAACCCCAGCCGAAGACGUUUAGCCAUGCCAUUGCCCGAGCCAGUCUUGCCUCGAGCCAGACCCUGCACCAGAACCACACAGGUGCUGGCGAGGACCCUCUGGCCACCGCUCUCGAAAAGUACGCUCUCACCAUGGAGCGUGUCGGCGAGGCUCGUCUUGCCCAGGAUGCCCAGAUUCAGAGCCGCUUCCUUGCUGGCUGGAACACCACCUUGAACACCAACAUCAUGUUUGCCACCCGCGCGAGAAAGAACGUCGAAAAAUCCAGGCUGUCUCUAGAUGCUGUCAAAGCUCAUGCCAAGGGCACUACUUUCAAGCUCGGCCAGAGCUCUUCUGCUGCUGGUCAGGAAGAGCCCGAGCUUAGCCCCGAGGCCCAGGAGGAGAUUGAGAAGGCCGAGGACGAGUUUGUCACCCAGACUGAGGAGGCUGUCGGUGUCAUGAAGAACGUCCUGGAUACACCUGAGCCUCUGCGCAACCUGUCUGAGCUUAUCAAUGCCCAAAUUGAGUAUCACAAGAAGGCUUCUGAGAUUCUUGGCGAGCUUGCGCCGAUCAUUGCGCAGCUUCAGACCGAGCAAGAGGCCAACUACCGCAAGAGCCGUGAAGAUGCUGCUUGA